UAUCAAGGCACAUUUGUCGAGAAAUUGUUUUUUUGUGCAUCCUUGAAUAGGUUCCGACUCGAUCUCGACCUAUGCACCACGAAUGGACUUACCUGUUUUGACACCUCAAUUUGGCCACAAAAUGUCUUAUCGAAUCCCUCAAAAACCCGGAGCUUGCACUUAUCGACCGUAACAACGUCAGCUACUGGGCGUCGCGGACCAUCUCUGUUUUAUCAGCAAUUCUAUAAUUCUCAAAGCAAGCUUGUAAUGAAAUCUGCAAAAUUAUGUCUUUUCUUAAGAUUUGUAGGAGGCUCCAAAUCUCUGGAGCACCUCCCGCGAUCUUCUUCUCCCAAAUUUUGAGCUCUGUAGGCAGUCAACCCCGAAUUUCAUCUUUUUGUCGGUCUCUUUUGCCAUACAACCUCACUGAAGCAUUUCGUCGAACAUCUAUCUCCAACUGUAAACUGUUCCGUCAUUUCUCCACCCUUCAACACUCAGACAGCCAAAAUAUUUUCCAAACAAUCGACUUCGAUGAAUUGGUAAAUGAAAUUGAUGAAGAUAUCCCACUGGGUCUACCUGAAUUCCUUGAAACUGUCCGCAAAGCCAAGAACUUUGCAUGUGCAAAUGAAGCAAUGUCCUUUUUAGAUAAUUCUGGUGUGAAGCCGAGUAAAGAUUUGAUCUUUUCAGCUAUUUGGGCUUUAAGAGAAGAGUGGAAGCUGGCAUUUUUAGUGUUCAAGUGGGGUGAUAACUGGAAAUGUGUUGUGGAAAAGACUCGGUGUUUGAUGAUAUGGCUGCUGGGUAACCAUCAAAAGUUCAAUACUGCUUGGACACUGAUUCAUGACCUUUAUAAGGCUUCAAUGGACCCUCAACAAGCAAUGUUCAUCAUGAUUGACAGAUAUGCAGCAGCAAAUAAUCCAAGCAAGGCUAUUGAAACAUUCAAAAUAUUUCAGAAGUUUAAAUUUUCUCCUGAUCAGAGAACAUUCUUCUCAUUCUUGGAUAUUCUUAAUAAACAUGGAAACAUUGAAGAAGCUGAAGAAUUCAUGUUUCUCAAUAAGAAAUUCUUCCCGUUGGAAAUUGAUAGCUUUAACAUAAUUCUCAAUGGGUGGUGUAAUAUAGCUAAUGAUAUAUAUGAAGCCAAGAGGGUUUGGCGGGAAAUGUCCAGAUGUUGUAUCUUGCCUGACGGGACUUCUUAUACACACAUGAUUUCCUGCUUCUCAAGAGCAGGUAAUCUAUUUGACUCACUUAGAUUGUACGAUGAAAUGAAGAAAAAGGGCUGGAUCCCUGGCAUGAAAGUGUGUAAUUCUUUGAUUUAUGUACUGACUCAUGAGAAUUGCCUGAAUGAAGCUCUUAGAGUUGUAGAUCAUAUGAAAGAAUCUGGUAUGCAACCUGAUUCUACAACAUACAACUCUAUGAUUCUUCCUCUUUGCAAAUCAGCAAAGUUUCUGGACGCAAGAACUAUAUUAGCUAGGAUGAUACAGGAUGAUGUCAACACAACUAGUGAUACGUACCAUGCAUUUCUUGAGGGUGCUAAUUUAGAAGGAACUUAUGAAGUUUUUAAUCUUAUGAAAAAAGCCGGUCUUGGUCCCAGCAGGCAUACAUUUCUUCUUACACUCGGCAAGUUUCUUAAAAUCGGGCAACCAGAAAAUGCAUUGAAGAUAUGGUCGAACAUUAAACAGUACAAGAUAGUGCCGGAUUCUGAACAUUACUGUGUGUUAGUGGAAGGGCUAGUGAAAUGUAAGUUGUUUGUGGAGGCUACAGAACUGUAUGCUGAGAUGAGAUCUAAUAGACUAGCGGAUGACCCAAAGUUGAAGAAGCUCUUAAGCGAACCUCUUCAAGAUGGUAUUCAUGCACUGGAGGGACAAGGGCAGACAACAGUUGUCAGACGUAUUCAUAAAGGUAAAGGACUACAAUAUGGGAAAGGCAGUGGAAACCGAACUAGAAGACCUGGUAAGCAAUCAGAAAAGGAGGGAUCUAAUGGGACUUAGAAUUUAACGUUGCUGCAAAUUCGUUUCAGUAAUAUCUAAAGGACAUCCUGAUAUCAGGACCAAAUUGUGCAGAGGCCAGGUGCUGCUAAAUCUUAUAUUCACUGCUAAACCUAAUUCCUUGCUUUCAGUAAACAAGUAUCUCUACUUGCUAUAGGAAGGGAAGUUUCCGCCAGUCCAUUUCCAUAGAGAAUGCUUGUCGAGUUUGAAAUGUAAUUUUGGAAGAAUAUAAGUCCUCUUUUAUGGCAACUUACUAUAGAACUGUUCGCAAUUCUUAUAGUACAAUCAAUAUAAUUUGUUUGGACCAUAAAGACCAACGUUAAGGAGAAUUAAGCUUAUAUGAUUGGAUGGAUUAUGCAGUUAGUUCUAAUAUCAAGGAAGGCCUAUCGAAGCAAGAACAUUGGGUAACACCCAUUUUAACACA